AUGUCGACAUUGUUAUCUGAGGUGGAAAGUAUGGAUAGCUUGCCGUUUGUGAAGGACACAACACCGACAGGAGGCGACUCGUCAUCGUUUAAUAAAUUAUUGGCUCCGUCCAUAGAGGACGUAGAUGCUAACCCAGAGGAACUGAGAACUUUGCGUGGCCAAGGACGGUAUUUUGGAAUAAAAGAUUAUGACUCAAAUGGUGCAAUAAUGGAGGCGGAGCCAAAAUGUAAUAAUUGCUCGCAAAGAGGGCAUUUGAAAAGAAAUUGUCCCCAUGUGAUAUGUACUUACUGUGGGUUUAUGGAUGAUCAUUACUCACAGCACUGCCCCAAGGCUAUUAUCUGUUCUAAUUGUAAUGCAAACGGCCAUUAUAAAUCGCAGUGUCCUCACAAAUGGAAGAAGGUGUUCUGCACGCUUUGCAAUAGUAAGAGACACUCGAGAGAAAGAUGUCCUAGUAUUUGGAGAUCUUAUUUGUUAAAAACUAAAAGUGCCAACAAUGGUGACUUUGACUUUCAAACUGUUUUCUGUUAUAACUGUGGGAACGGCGGUCAUUUUGGUGAUGACUGUGCCGAAAGAAGGUCAUCCAGAGUGCCGAACACUGAUGGAAGUGCAUUUUGCGGUGACAACCUGGCCGUAAAAUUCAAACAGCACUAUUUUAAUCAAUUGAAGGACUAUAAACGCGCAACUUCUGAAGGGCAAAACUUUGAUAGCGAACAAGAAUUCAAUUUGUUUGAUUACGAAUAUAACGACGAUGCAUACGAUCUCCCCGGUUCAAGAAAUUAUAGAGAUAAAAUGAAAUGGAAGAACAAAAUGCAAUCUACAAGGAACAAAAAUAGUAACAACAAUAGUUAUGAAAACAGUAAUAACAGGAAGAGGAAGUCUCCAUUCAGCCCACAGAGCUACAAAGUAACGAAAAAUAAAAAAGUUCAGGCGCAUCCUUUAGAUUUUCCCAGAAACACCCAAAACAGCAGAACAAGUGAUUAUUCAAGCCGGUCUAACUACAAUAGGCAGGACUUUCCCAGGGGACCUAAGAACAAGAGGGGCCCACCCUCUUUUAACAAAGCGCAGAGAAACGGGCGUUAUUGA